UUAUCGUUUCACAUUCUGUAUCGACAUCUAAAAUAAACGAACUUUUCGAUCAUGCCGCUCAGGAUUGGAUAUGUUCGAGAGCAUUUCUCUUCUCCCCUACUACAAUACGCCCAAGCAGACCAGAAUAAGACCUUCACUCUUGUCGAAUGUCCAAGCGGAACCGGACAGUUGAUCUCGCGCCUCACAAACGAUGAGAUUGAUGUUGCGAUUGCACUCACAGAUCCGCUUAUCUCUGGCAUCGCUAACGGAUCCAAGGCCUACAAGUUGGUGGGCAGCUAUGUCACGACACCCUUGAACUGGGCCGUCAUUACAGGAACUGGAUCCAAGUAUAACUCGAUUGCUGAUCUCAAAGACACGACGAUAGGAAUCUCACGACAAGGAAGCGGAAGCCAGACCAUGGCGUACGUAAUGGCCCUACAACAGGACUGGCCUUCGGAAGACCUUCAAUUCAAGAUCAACAACGACAUCCAUGGACUCAUCAAAUCCGUCAACGAUGGAUCAACCAGCGCUUUCAUGUGGGAAUGGUUUACCACGAAGCCGUUCGUCGAUGCGAAGGAAUGUCGUUUUAUUGGCUCGGUGCCGACGCCCUGGCCUUCCUGGUUGAUUGCAGCUCGACCGACCACCCCUUCUGGCGAUCUGCGGGAGUUUUUGACAUCGCUGUCCACCUAUGUCAAGACUUUUGAUUCCCCCGACAGCCGUGCAAGCCGUAAUGUGGAAUUUAUCAAGACUCACUUCGGGUACUCAGAAAAAGAUAUAUUGGCGUGGUUGAAAACCGUCGGUUAUCCCGAUGAUUGCUUAACGAUCCAAACUAAGGUCAUAACUGACACCCUAAGCGUCCUUCAAAAGGCCGGAGUGGUCGAGGGGGAGUUUGAAGUCGGACAAUUUGUCGACACCGACGUUGUAACCUUAGUGUAACGCGCCAGAUCCAGAAGUAAAGGAGAAGUUUUUCAUAAUAAUAUAACUGUAUUAUGCACUUGUGUAGUUCGUGUG